UCUCGUGGAGGGCUGGCUGCGGAGAAGUGACAUUGGCCAUGGAGCAGCCGGCCAGCCUGCAGGUGGACUACGUGUUCCGGGGUGUGGAACACUCUGUGCGUGUUGGGGUCUCAGGCCAGGUUCUUGAGCUGGAGGUGGAAGACAGGAUGACGGCCGACCAGUGGCGGGGCGAGUUCGAUGCCAGCUUCAUCGAGGAUCUGACCCACAAGACGGGGAACUUCAAACAGUUCAGCAUCUUCUGUAACAUGCUGGAGUCGGCGCUCACCCAGAGCAGCGAGUCCGUCACCCUGGACCUGCUCACCUACACAGACCUGGAGGCCCUGCGGAACCGAAAGCUGGGGGGCCGCGCGGGCCCCCUGCCCUCAAGGUCGUCCCAGCUCAACUCCAAGCGCUACCUGAUCCUCAUCUAUUCCGUGGAGUUUGACAGGAUUCACUACCCGCUGCCCCUCCCGUACCAGGGCAAGCCUGACCCCGUGGUCCUGCAGGGUGUCAUCCGCGCCCUGAAGGAGGAGCUGGGCCGCCUUCGUGGGCAAGACAGCCAGGAUACCCAGGACAGCCGCGAGACGGUGAUCUGGCACCUUCGAGAGCAGGUGUCCCGCCUGGCGGCGGAGAAGCGCGAGCUGGAGGCGCAGCUGGGCCGUUCGCGGGAGGAGGCGCUGGCCGGCCGGGCGGCGCGGCAGGAGGCCGAGGCCCUGCGCGGGCUGGUGCGCCGCCUGGAGCUGGAGCUGCGGCAGGAGCGCGGCGUCGUCGGGCCCCGCGGGGGCGGUCGCCGCGGCCAGGAGUGCCGCCGCCUGGCCAAGGAACUCGAGGAGGUGAAGGCGUCGGAGCGGAGCCUACGCUCGCGGCUGAAGGCGCUGAACGGCGAGCUGGCGGUGUACAAGAGGGGGAGACGGACCUCGCCCGCGCUGCUGCCCCCGGCCCGGGAGGAUCGGGCGUCGUCGUCCCGGGAGCGUUCCACCUCGCGUGGCCGCGGCGCCCCCCGCUCCUCGUCCCGGGAGAGCGGCCGCGGGGGCCGGGGCCGGGGCCGGCCCGCCCAGUCCUCGCCCUCGCCCACAGGUGGCCGCGUGCCCCGCUUCGACCCCACCGCCUUCGUGAAAGCCAAGGAGAAGAAGCAGAGAGAGCUCAGGAUGAAGCAGCAGCAGCGGAACCGCAACCGACUGGGCAGUGGCGGCAGCGGGGAUGGGCCUGCUGGCUCCUGGUCUCGCCAGGCUCGGCCCCCCGCCCCCUGCAGCGGCCGGGGGGACGCGCCUAACCGCUCCCGGCGCCGCAGCUCCUCAGUGGACAGUUUCCGAAGCCGAUGCUCAUCUGUGAGCUCCUGCAGCGAGUUUGAGGAUUUCGCGGACUCCCUCCCGAGAGGUUCUGGCGGCCGGCGGAAGCCUCCCAGCCCCACUCCCUGGACCAGGCCCAACCAGAAGUCCACGCCCGUGGAGCGGGGCCGCCCGCAGAGACGCCUGGCCAGUUCUGGGAGCUGGCUCCCCACCAAAGAAUACAGCUCCGACCACCAGGCGGCCGACAUGGCGGAGAUCGACGCCCGCCUGAAGGCGCUGCAGGAAUACAUGAACCGCCUGGACACGCGGUCCUGAUGCUGGGACUGAUGGGG